AAUUGCAUCUGUGAUUGUAUUCUUCAAGUGCUCAAGUGCCCCCUUAUUACCGGUAGCAUGUAAACUGAAUAAUUAUUGUCUGUUGCAUUGACAAAUUCUUAAUAUACAAGGAUCAGUUGUGUUAUAAUUUCAGCAUUCAUAAUUCAAAUAUUCAUAAACAGUAAAAAGUGGACAUCUCAGGAUUUACAGAACUUUAUGAAGACUCUGUCAAAGCCGUGAAGCACCGUUAUGUCCACAAGCUCCUGGUCAUCUACAGAAGACUUUGAAGAAGCUCAGUAUAUCUCUAGGCGUAACAACAACACUCUUAGAUGGAUAGCGCUUGGCUUGGAAAUCCUUGGCGGGGUUCUAGUUACUGCCGUUGCUGUUUAUUUGAGGCUAGCCCACUUCCAGCCACCUGCAGAGGACUUGAACUGGAAACUCUUGUGUAAUGAUAUGAGUCUAUACGAGAAACAAACUACUAAUGACAACUCCAUUAUGCUGUAUGUCAUCAUCUUGGCAGUACCCAGUGUCUUUAUUUUUUUUGGAGAAGUCGAGUUUGCUUUAUUGUCUAAGAAGUCUUACUUUGAAAAUAUGGACAAAAUGGAAAGAAUGGGUAGAAACCUACCAAGAAUGAUAAGAAUCUAUGCCAUGUUCUUCAUUGGUAUAAUGCUUGCGUCAUUUUCGUCUGACUACAUCAAGAUAAUGAUUGCCAGUCCAAGACCUUACUUCCUUACCAUCUAUGGCAGCAACUGUCCUUUGGCCUUUAAUGGUACGAAGACUGAUGAUUUCUAUGAAGCAUUGAAGUCAUUUCCGAGCCACCUAUCCUGUGUCGCUGGGUUUACUUGUGUAUUCGCAAUAGGCUAUGCACACAAAGUCCGUGCACAGUCUAGUACGCCUCUGCUGACUCCCAUCAUGACUCAGGGUUUCCUGGUUCUGGCUGUCACCACGAGUCUCGACCGUUACACCUCUCACUUUAACCACACUUCGGACAUCCUCGCUGGCUUACUCCUAGGACUUGUCUUGGCUCUCUACACGAGUAAUCUACUUCUGUUUGUGCUGAAGCUGAGGUCCAAAUCGAACGAUUAUAGUAGAUGGCUUAACUUCCUGGACUUUAUGAUUCCGAGGGUGUCCAUGCCACCCACAUAUUCUGCUGAGGCGAUGAAUGCUAGGACCACAAAUCCGCAGAUAAAUAGCCAACAAUAAAAAUUAUAACACACA